ACUCACUGCUGCUUUGACUGUGGGAAGAGAUUCACCUCCUCAGCAGGCAUUAAAAUUCAUCAAAGAAUCCACACAGGAGAGAAACCAUUUAGCUGUACUCAAUGUGGGAAGAGAUUUACUACAUCUGGCUCUCUGACUUUACACCAGAGAACACACACAGGAGAGAAACCUUAUAGCUGUGGUCAAUGUGGGAAGAGUUUUGGUCAAUCUAGCGAUCUGACAGUGCACCAGAGAAUACAUACAGGACAGAAACCCUAUAGUUGUGAUCAAUGUGGGAAGAGUUUUGUUCAAUCUGGCCAGCUGACAUUACACCAGAGAACACACACAGGAGAGAAACCUUAUAGCUGUGAUCAAUGUGGGAAGAGUUUUGGUCGAUCUUGCCAUCUGACUCAACACCAGAGAAUACACACAGGAGAGAAAUCUUAUAGCUGUGAUCAAUGUGGGAAGAGUUUUGGUCAAUCUGGCCAGCUGACUCAACACCAGAGAACACACACAGGAGAGAAACCCUAUAGCUGUGAUCAAUGUGGCAAGAGUUUUGGUCGAUCUUGCCAUCUGACUCAACACCAGGGAACACACACAGGAGAGAAAUCUUAUCGCUGUGGUCAAUGUGGGAAGAGUUUUGGUCAAUCUGGCCAGCUGACAUUACACCAAAGAACACACACUGGAGAGAAACCUUAUAGUUGUGGUCAAUGUGGGAAGAGUUUUUCUGCAUCUAGCAGUCUGACGCUACACCAGAGAACACACACAGGAGAGAAAUCUUAUAGGUGUGAUCAGUGUGACAAGAGAUACUCUGAUAAAAGAUCUCUGAUUAAACAUCAGAAAAUACAUUAAGGAGUUGUUUCAUGAUAUCAAUGAAAUAAUGUCACAAUGUAGAAUGUUUUAACAUAGUAGGAGUAUUUUAAGGAAUUUCACGAUGUAGAACCCUAAACGUAUACCCCAUUCAAUUGAUUUCAGCGUGAUAUGGAUAUUAGCCUUGGGAAAAAUCCAGGCUCUGAAUUGAAAGAGUACUAUUUAUGUGAUUUAACAAAAAGUGACUAACACAAAAAUAGUUGUGUUACACUUACCACUUUGGUGACCCACUUGAAUCAAAAUGCAAC